AUGUCGUCAACUACUAGGUUGGACAGUCCUGUACUAUACGAUUGGCAGAUAAACGAAAACUCCACACGAUAUGACCCUCCUAGGUCCCAACUGUCGGAAGAUGGAAUUCAAAUUCAGUUUGCCGUUCUGGCCUUUGUCAAUGUUGUGGUUUCCUCUGCGACGUUGGUGCUGAUUCUGGGGAUUCUACGAACGCGCAAGAUCCGAUCCAAUGCCUUUAGUCUCUACUUGCUCUUCAUGACGAUUCCAGAUUUCUUGGGAGCCUUCUUUUGUGUCUUCACCUGUGCCCUAUCCGCCCCGAUUUCUAGGUACUACUCCGAAGCCAUGUGUGGAUUUCAAUCCUUCUACUUGACAUUUGCCUUUUGCGGAAACGCGUGGAUCAACCUAGUGAUUGUUCAGGAAGUCAACAAGCUGUUGACUUACUCACAAAAUCGAAGGCGAUACUUUCCUCCAACUCGACAACAAGUAUUUUGCAAAGUCGCAGUCGUCUAUACCUAUGCCGCGAUCUGGGGCCUCCUAGGAGCCUUCCCAAUCCCAGGCUUACCGUUGCAAACAAAAGCCUAUUAUGGAUUUGCAUGCUUUCCCAUGGAAGUAGAUGUCCCAUCUACCUACUUUUUCUACUUUGCCUUCUUGCCUGGUAUCCUAAUGUUUCCAUUCGCGUACUCGGUAUUUGUGGUGGGUCGGAUCUUUUGGAAGGGGAUGUUACCGCAAGCAGGAAAGCGUCGAAAACUGUCCAUCUUUCUCAUUCGAUUGAUAUCCGUCUACUUCUUUGGCUGGACCCCCUUUUUGUUACUUACCUUUAUCGGCAACUUCAACACAUUGAGCCCUUGGAUUAAUUGGGGAGGUGCAGCCAUGAGUCACUUUCAGGGCUGCAUUAGUGCAUUUGUCGUUUUCUAUACGAGCGAUGAUAUUGGACGACAAAUGAAAUUGGUGCUUCGAUGCAACUUGUCUGAAGGUUCGGGUGACCCACGCCAGGAGGCUUCGACAUAUGGACGAACAUCUGAUACACGGAUUUCAAAGCAGUCGCUAGAACGUUGUUCGGGACGGCCGAAACGAGAUCAGCAUUCCAUGAAUAUGUCGCUAAAUCGGUCGUUAAGUCGGUCGCUAGAUGAAGAUGAAGAAGAAAAAGAAUCAGAGCCUAGAAAAGCCCAAACAUCCACUGGUACUGAGGAGGAUGGCCUAGAAGAGGAGCAACAACAAGAACAAGACGUGGAAUCAAGACUAGCGAGGAGGACGGCGAACCAAACAGAUUACAAAGAUGAUCUCUGA